UCAUCUUCACACUCCCCAAGAAAGUUUUUUGCUUAUUCAUCCUCCAUUUUCUCCUCUAAAACCUCCCAUUCUAUUAAUACUCCCCUUCUCUCUCUCCUCUCUGCCACUUAAAGUCCCCUCUUUUCCUCUGUUUUCUGACUAAAAAAGUGGCUUUCUUUUGUUUUUUCUCUCCCAUUACACCUCUCUUUCACGGAGGUUUAAUGGGCGACAUUUGAUUUUUCCCACUUUUCUCUUCUCCUUCUUAGUUUUUUCCUCAUUACUCACAAGGUUUUCUUUUUCUCAGUAAAGCUCUGAGCUUUAUUGAAAAUGAGCUUCAUGGGUUGUUCUGAUUCUUCGUUUUGAGCUGGUUUUGGUUUUUGGGUUGUUGGGGUUUUGGUUUUGAUUUUGCUUUUAAUUUUCACCCAAUGGAGAGCUCUCAGAAGUUCCUGUUCUUGGGUCAUUUAAUGGUGCUUCUCUUUGUGGGGUUGUUUCUCUCCACUUUGUGUCAAGAAGAUUCAGAUGAGGCAAUUACCGCUGUGUACAUUGUUACUCUUAAGCAAGCUCCUUCUGCUCAUUCGUAUGCUCAAGAGCUCAAAAGAUUGAACAAUAAACAUCACUUCAAUAAUCAACAUGGAAAUUCUAGCAGAUUAACUAUAUUUCAGAAACCAAGGAAUGCUUCAAGAUCCCAUCCAAGCCCUGGUUCUUAUAUUUCUCGAGUUCAUGAUUCAAUAUUAAGGAAGACAUUGAGGGGGGAGAAGUACCUGAAGCUGUAUAGCUACCACUACUUGAUUAAUGGCUUUUCGGUGCUUGUUACCCCUCAACAGGCAGAUAAGCUUUCAAGGAGGAGAGAAGUGGCAAAUAUCGUUUUGGAUUUUUCAGUUAGAACUGCAACUACACAUACUCCACAGUUCUUGGGUUUGCCGCAGGGUGCCUGGGUCCAAGAAGGUGGAAUGGCUGCUGGAGAAGGAAUAGUGAUAGGGUUUAUUGAUACGGGUAUUGAUCCAACUCACCUGAGUUUUGCUGAUGAUGCAACUGAGCGCUCAUAUCCAGUCCCUUCCCAUUUUUCCGGCAUUUGUGAGGUUACUCGGGAUUUUCCAUCUGGUUCAUGCAAUAGGAAACUUAUUGGCGCCCGGCAUUUUGCGGCCUCUGCAAUAACAAGAGGAAUUUUCAACUCAAGUGAGGACUAUGCUUCACCAUUUGAUGGUGAUGGCCAUGGCAUGCAUACAGCUUCUGUUGCUGCAGGAAACCACGGUGUUCCAGUAGUUGUUGCCGAGCAUAACUUUGGAAAGGCAAGUGGGAUAGCUCCUCGUUCACAUAUUGCUGUUUACAAGGCAUUGUACAAAAGCUUUGGAGGCUUUGCUGCAGAUGUUGUUGCUGCCAUAGACCAGGCAGCUCAGGAUGGAGUCGACAUUAUAAGCUUAUCAAUUACUCCCAACCGGCGUCCUCCUGGUAUUGCUACCUUUUUUAAUCCCAUUGACAUGGCCCUGCUAUCAGCUGUGAAGGCUGGCAUUUUUGUUGUGCAAGCAGCUGGAAAUACUGGACCUUCGCCUAAGAGCAUGUCUUCCUUUAGUCCAUGGAUAUUCACUGUUGGUGCGGCCUCUCAUGACAGAGUUUACUCAAACUCAAUAUAUCUUGGCAAUGAUGUUGUCAUUCCUGGAGCUGGACUUGCACCGGGAACCGAUAAAGAUUACACUCUGAUUUCUGCACUUCAUGCUUUGAACAACGGCACAACUGUUGCUGAUGAUAUGUAUGUGACUGAAUGCCAAGAGUCAAGUAAUUUCGACAAGGAUUUGGUCCAAGGAAAACUCUUGAUUUGUAGCUACUCAAUACGGUUUGUGCUUGGACUCUCUACUAUCAAACAGGCAUUACAAACAGCAAAAAAUCUCAGUGCAGUGGGUGUUGUGUUCUACAUGGACCCUUUUGUGAUUGGUUUUCAGCUUAAUCCAACUCCAUUGAGAAUGCCUGGCAUCAUAAUUCCAUCCCCAGAUGAUUCUAAGGUUUUACUCCAAUAUUACAAUUCUUCUUUGGAGAGAGAUGAGCUUACAAAGAAAAUUAUUAGAUUUGGAGCAGUGGCAUGCAUUUCAGGUGGGCUAAAAGCGAACUUCAGUAACUCGGCUCCAAAGGUUAUGUAUUACUCUGCUAGGGGACCAGAUCCAGAAGACACCUUCCUUGACGAUGCUGACAUAAUGAAACCCAACGUGGUUGCUCCUGGAAAUUUUAUUUGGGCUGCUUGGAGUUCUCUUGGCACUGACUCAGUUGAAUUCCAAGGUGAGAGCUUUGCAAUGAUGUCUGGAACUAGCAUGGCUGCUCCUCAUGUUGCCGGGCUUGCUGCACUAAUUAAGCAAAAGUUCCCCACUUUUAGUCCUUCAGCUAUUGCAUCCGCACUUUCCACUACAACAUAUUUAUAUGACAAGAAUGGAGGACCAAUAAUGGCUCAGCGAACUUAUGCUAAACCAGAUGAAAAUCAGUCACCAGCAACACCAUUUGAUAUGGGAAGUGGGUUUGUAAAUGCAACUGCAUCACUGGAUCCGGGUCUAAUUUUCGAUUCUGUUUAUGAUGACUACAUGUUAUUUCUCUGUGGCAUUAACGGAUCUCAGCCGGUGGUCUUGAAUUACACCGGUCAGAACUGCUGGACUUACAAUUACACCAUUACCGGUGCUGACUUGAACUUGCCAUCUAUUACAAUUGCAAAACUGGAUCAGUCCAGAACGGUCCAAAGAACAGUGACUAAUAUCGCUGGCAAAGAGUAUUAUAGUGUUGGUUGGAGUACUCCGUAUGGAGUCUCCAUCAAGGUGUCUCCGACUCAUUUCUCGAUAGCCAGUGGUGAGAAACAGGUCUUGAAUGUAUCCUUCAAUGCGACAAUGAACAGUAUGGUGACGAGCUUCGGAAGGAUUGGACCGUUUGGGCAUAAAGGGCAUGUUGUAAACAUUCCACUGUCAGUGAUAGUUAAAAUGUUAUAGAUUAGUACUAAUAGUCUAAUAGGUGAGCAUUUGAGAAUGUGUUUUUGUUUUUUGGUUUUUGUUUUGGUGUUGUUUCAUAAUUUUGUUUUUGUCAAUCGAUUAAUUCAUUCAUUAUUCUGUAAAUGCUAAUGCAGGUGGUUGUAAUGUAUUGUAAUGCAAA